UUUUUUGACGGUCCAAGAAAUGUCAAACAAAAAGGUGUUGAUGUUUUGUAAAUAUAGCAACAAUUUCUUCAUUGAAAUUUUAAGCUGGGAAAAAAGUUAAUUAGAAUUUUCUUGUGAGAAAUGGAAUGUGAAAUUAGUAAUGAUUCAAGCUCAGUGGAAGAAGUUGAAAUAAAACAAGAAGUUGAAGAGAUAAUCAUAAAAGAGGAAGAUGACGAUAGCUACUAUGAGCAAGGAGAGCCUUAUCCUGAAUACCUUCCUCUGCAAAUAACCCAUGUGACCUCAGAAGCCAAUCCUUUCAUUGAAGAAAAUGAAAAUGAAAAAUGUCCAAUUUGCGAAAGAGUUUUUGCUACAAAAGCCGAUUUAAAGUUACAUAGUUUGAUUCAUACUCUCGAGGAGAAUCUUCAUGAGCCCCACUGCACAAAAUGCUAUGAUAAAGUGUGGGAUCUGAUAAAGUACAUGGAUGAUCAUUUGACCACUAAAAUUUUACCGUGCAAUAUUUGCCAUAGUACAUUUCUAAGUGUUGAACUGCUGCAAGAACAUAUGAAACUUCACAAUCAAUAUGAACCGUCUCAGUCAAGAAGGCGGAAAAACACAAGUGUCCUAGAAAGCAUCCUCAGCAAUACUACAAAGAACAAAGGGAUUAAGACUGAUAUUACAGAAUCUCGAAUGAAGAUCAAUAUGAAGCCCAAUUUGAGUCCUAGGGGUCGUUCCUACUAUAAACCGAACAAAUUGAUCAGUUGUCCCUUGUGUUCGAGAAAAUGCAUAAGUCAUAGUCAACUGCAGAAUCAUCUAGCAUCGCACAGCAAUGAAAGACCCUUCAGUUGUCCCCAUUGUCCCAAAAAAUUCAAACUGAGGGAAGCUCUUGUGGCCCAUGUUCAGAUUCACAACAAAAACCGACCAAGAUACACCUGUACUUUCUGUUCGGGCGUCUACGUCGAUCUCUACUAUUAUCGAAAACACAUGAAGAAAAUGCACAAAAUUUAUGAUACACGCCCUUAUGAACAGCAAGCUCUUCAGUAUCCUCAACCGUCAACACUACCAGAAUAUUAAAAAUCCUCUGGAAUUAUUAUAAUUUUAUUUCUAAAACAAACAUUUUUAUUGAAUUAAUCAAGAUAUAAUUUUGAGAUUGAAAUACAAUAAAAUUUGUAGAGAAAAAAAA